AUCGUGCCAAACCGGUGUCAUCUAUAAGGACGGUGUACGGUGAAUAAAAUACAUACUCAGUCAGUCUCCGGCCAAGUCUGCGAACGGCCGCAUUAUGUAUCGAAUUGUAACCAUUCUACUUUUUGCUUCGACGUGUUAUUGUAAGACGGAGUUCAGUGGACGCGCGAGGAACUUUAGUAUCGAAUUACUGCACUACACAGCACAGGAGACAGGAGGCCAUGUCGUCAUAUCUCCUUUCGGUGUUUGGACUCUGAUGACGGGCGUCGCCCUCGGCGCGACGGGACAAAGCUACGAGCAACUGACGAAUGCGUUCGUCCUACCGAAAAACCCGAUCACAUUGAUAACCGGAUUCAAAAAGCUAUCGAACACCGUCCUCAAUCCUACCACAGCAGCUGUUAGCCUCACAAGCAAGAAUUUCGUCUUCCUAGACCACGGCUUUACGAUCUACGAUGACUUCAGAAAGACUUUGCUCAACGAUUUCGGUGCUACCAUACAAAACUUGAACUUCAAGGACUCCAAUAAAGCUGCAGAGGCAGCUAACUCUAUAAUACAAAAGUCAGGCGCGACCGUAUCGAAUGUUUUGCGCUCAGAUGACUUUAUGGACUCAAGGAUGAUACUUACUAACGCAAUAUCUUUCAAAGGCCUCUGGGCGUUGCCGUUCAAUAAAUCCGAAACAACUGAGGAGUCGUUCUUCGAUGAGAAUAAUAAACAAAUAGGCAAAGUGAACAUGAUGUAUCAAAAAGCACCUGUCGCAUUCUCUAACAUCCGAGCGAUGAACGCUCUAGCAUUAGAUCUGCCUUAUGGUGAUGACGGAAAAUACUCUAUGCUCCUUCUUCUGCCGUACCCUAAAGUUAAAGUUACAGAUGUUUACAAGAAGUUCGAAAUUGUUAGUAUCACUGAUAUUUACAAACAGUUGCAAAGUGACGUAGAUGAGUUUGGUUUGGAGGAAAUCGAUGUUAGAAUACCAAGAUUCCGUAUCAGUACAAAUGUUGUCCUUAACAAGCCUCUAGGGUACAUGGGUGUUAAAGAUAUAUUCCAGCCUCAUUUGGCUACCUUUGGUCGAGUCACCAAAGAGGAGAUAUUUGUGUCCGCGAUUGUACACAAAGCUGAUAUAGAAGUGACAGAAUCUGGUACAGUCGCGUCCGCAGCUACAUCUGCCUACAUCGCGGACAGGAUCGCGACGCCAAACUUCCAAGCGAAUCGACCCUUUAUAUAUUUCGUCAUGGAAAAAUCCACUGCAACUGUGAUAUUUGGUGGCAUUUAUUCAAAACCUACUAUUUUUUAGUUAAAUGUUUAUUGUUGUAAAUUAAUAAUUGUACCUUAAGCUUGUGAUUGUGUAAUUGUUGUCAGGUUAAUUUAAACUUCGUCUGAAAUUAUCUUAAUUUGCUUCAUUCUUUAAAUGAUAUAUAAUAAAUUGCUUUACCGUGGGUUUUGCAGACCAAAUUCUCCGUUUUAAAACGUAUUGUUAUCUCUGUUUUGUCAAAGAUAAUGACAGAGAUGACGAUAUGUUU